GAAAGGUUCGCUGGCUGUAUAACAGCACACAGGUACGUGUUGUGAGGACAGCACAGUAAAAAGACUUGCCACGACAUUUUCAGCAAGAAAAAGUCUUUCUCAGCGGGUUCGGGCAACACAGAGCAGCAAGUAAGCAUGAGUUUACGUUCGGGAAAAAGCUAUCUGAAAGACUACGAGCUGCAAAAUGACAACGACGCAGCACAUUAUCCAAACGCCGACGCGGAGCAACGAGACGCUACGGGCCGAGCAGCGGACGUUCACGGAGCUCCGCCGCCAUUAGACAUCAGGUCCAGAGCUACCAGCAGACGGUCCCGGUCCUACGUAUCGUCAUCAUCGUCAGCGUCUUCGGCAGCCAAGGCCUACGCCAGGGCGCAAGCAGCUAAGGCUCAACUAGCAUUUGCCGAAAAGGAAGCUGACAUAAUAAAACAAAAGGCAGAUUUAGAUGCCAGCCUCCACGUUCUAAAGUCGCAAAAGGCAGUCGCUGCAGCUGAAGCGGAAGUAGCUGCCUAUGAAGAGGUAGAAAAUCAGAGCGGGGAGGGAAGCAUAAGGUCUCUCACUGAAGCUGAGCCUCUGGAUGCUGGGCAGCGCACCAGUGAGUAUGUUGCACAACAUUGUCAGCUACCCCUUUCUGAAAUGUCAGAGAGACCAAGACAGGUCACAGAAAUGAAAGAUGACCCGCCAGUUAACCAGUUAACAACCGCAACACAGUGUGUUUCUCCACCAAUGAAGCCAGAUAUUAAACAAGAACAACAGACAUCACAGGACAUGAGAAACGCUCAUCUGUUAAAUCCUGCAGCCCACGUUUUUCAACCUGCAAACAACAACUCAGUUAAGUCAAAUGGAGGAGAAGAAUUUAUUAAGUAUCUCAUCCGCAGAGAGCUAGUCAACGCCGGUUUACUACAUUUCGACGACAAGCCUGAGAACUACUGGGCAUGGAAAGCCUCAUUUGUUAGUGCAACUAAAGACUUAAAUCUGUCAGCUGGAGAAGAACUAGACCUGCUUACAAAGUGGUUAGGACCGAAAUCAUCAGAGCAGGCCAAAAGGAUGCGUGCAGUACACAUUCUAAACCCCUCUGCAGGCGUGAAGAUAGUCUGGCAGCGCCUGGAGGAGUCUUAUGGCUCCAUAGAAGCCGUUGAAGACGCACUCUUAAAAAAGGUAGAGGACUUUCCAAGACUAACGAACAAAGACAAUGAUAGGUUGAGAGAACUAGGGGAUCUUCUUUUAGAGCUACAGUGUGCAAAAACAGAUGGUGGGCUACCAGGUCUGGCAUAUCUGGACACAGCUCGGGGAGUAAGACCAAUAGUGGAGAAGCUACCCUUCAACCUACAGGAAAGGUGGACAACUGUAGGAACCCAAUACAAAGAAAAUCACAGUGUGUCAUUUCCUCCUUUUUCAGUUUUUGUACAGUUCAUACAACAGCAAGCUAAAAUGAGGAAUGAUCCGAGCUUUGCUACACCCAGUUUUAAUAGUCAAGCUUCUAUGCGCACAGAAAAGUCCAUGCCAUACAAUCGCAAACUCACUGUGUCGGUGCAUAAAGUAGAUGCAGCAGACAAAAUUCAAAGCAGUCCUGAACGAAGGAAAAUAGAGGAACCGGAUAGACAGUGUCCGAUUCAUAAAAAGCCACAUCCACUCAGAAAAUGCAAGCUGUUUCGAGACAAACCUAUUGAGGAACGACAAGCCUUCCUCAGAGAGCAUCGCAUUUGUUACAGGUGCUGUGGUUCAGUUGCACACAUGGCAAAGGACUGUAAAGUGGCUCUUAAGUGUGUUGAGUGCAACAGUCCCAAACACCUAUCAGCACUUCAUCCAGGUCCUACUCCUGUCUCCAAGGAUGCAGCAUCAGAAAGUGAUCCACAGACCAAAAGUGAUGAGCAAGCUGAGAAUCCUCCUUCUGUUGUUUCCAAGUGCACAGAGGUUUGUGGCCAAAACAAUAGCCCACGUUCGUGCUCUAAGAUCUGUUUAGUGAAAGUCUAUCCAGAAGGCCAAAGAGACAGAGCAGUUAACAUGUAUGCUGUGAUUGACGAGCAAAGCAAUAGGUCUCUAGCUAAGUCAGAGUUCUUUAAUCUGUUUGAGAUCAAAACCACGCCUGCUCCUUACACACUGAAAACAUGUUCAGGAAAAGCAGAAACUACAGGAAGAAGAGCUGUGAACUUCUUCAUACAGUCCAUGGACGGGAAAACAGACAUCCGGCUGCCGCCCCUGAUAGAGUGUGAUUCAGUACCAGACGACAGAGGAGAAAUACCUACACCUGAGACUGCUCAGCAUCACCCUCAUCUGCUCAGAAUAGCAAACAAAAUCCAACCUGUUGACCACCAUGCUCCGAUCCUCGUGCUCCUGGGAAGAGACAUCCUAAGAGUACAUAAGGUACGAGAGCAGAUUAACGGGCCUAACAAUGCUCCUUAUGCCCAAAGAUUAGAUUUAGGUUGGGUCAUCGUAGGAGAGGUUUGUGUAGGAAAAACUCACAGCACCUUAGAAGUAAAUGUUUACAGGACACACGUGUUAGACAGUGGUCGGACAUCUUAUUUUGAACCAUGUUCAAAUGUUAUUACUGUGAAAGAGAACUACAGUGUCACAUCACACAAAAAGACGCAGACAGCCACAGAGUGUAGGAACAUGGCUGACCUUACAGAUAACAUAGACAAACUAGGACACUCUGUGUUUGAUAGAUCCGAGUCAGAUAACAAGGUUGCACCAUCUAUAGAUGACAAAACCUUCCUAACUAUCAUGGAUAAGUCAGUCAGUCAAAACAAAGCAAACAGUUGGGUUGCUCCACUGCCGUUCCGCGCGCAGAGAAGAAGGCUCCCAAGCAAUAGAGAGCAAGCCUUAAAACGCCUGAAUUCACUCAAAAAGACUUUAGAAAAGAAACCGAAAAUGAAAGAUCACUACACUCAGUUCAUGCAGAGAAUGUUAGAGAAAGAUCAAGCGGAACUGGCGCCACCUAUGCCAAUAGGUAAAGAACAUUGGUAUCUGCCUACGUUUGGUAUAUACCACCCGCAGAAACCCGACCAAAUACGGGUCGUUUUUGAUUCGAGUGCGGAGUAUGAGGGCAUUUCGCUAAACCAGGUGCUUCUUAGUGGACCAGAUCUCAAUAAUUCUCUAGUAGGAGUUCUGUUGAGAUUUAGGAAGGAACCCGUAGCUUUGACUGCAGAUGUUGAACAGAUGUUUUAUUGCUUUGAAGUGUGCACAGACCACAGAGAUUAUCUUCGUUACCUAUGGUUCCAAGACAGCGAUUUGACAAAAAACGUGGUCGAGUACAGAAUGAAAGUUCAUGUUUUUGGCAACAGUCCGUCACCCGCUGUUGCAAUUUAUUGUAUGAGACGGGCUGCAGAAGAAGGUGAGCGAGAACAUGGCACCGAGGCAAAACAGUUCGUUAAGAGACAGUUUUAUGUUGAUGACGGACUCACAUCGGUGGCCACGCCUGAAGAGGCUGUCGAGCUUUUGAGAAGGACAAGAGACAUGUUAGCCGCGUCCAACCUGAGACUCCAUAAAGUGGCUUCUAACUGUAACCAAGUCAUGGAAGCCUUUCCCGUAGAAGACCGGGCAAAAGAGUUAAAAGAUUUAGAGCUUGGAGUAGAUCCUCUCCCAGUUCAGAGAAGCUUAGGGCUCUGCUGGAAUUUACAGACUGACAGUUUCACUUACCGGGUUUCAAACGAGGUAAAACCAUUCACGCGCAGGGGAGUCCUGUCAACUGUAAAUAGUCUGUUUGACCCUUUAGGCUUUGCUGCGCCCGUAAUCAUGCAGGGCAAAGCACUACUCAGGGAACUGUCAUCUGAAGAGAGGGACUGGGACACACCACUUCCUCCAGAAAAGGAGAAGGUGUGGGUCGCAUGGAAAAAUUCAUUAAAAGCUCUCGAAGACCUGCAGAUCAAAAGAUGUUACAAUCCGGGCUCAUCUAGAGAAAUGAGAAGUAACAAACUCUGCAUCUUCUCAGAUGCUUCUACUGUAGCAAUAGGAGCUGUAGCUUACCUGCGCUCUGUAGACAGCAAUGGCCAAUACCAUGUAGGUUUUGUGCUAGGGAAGUCUAAACUCGCUCCUCGCCCUGCUCACACUGUACCGCGGCUUGAACUUUGUGCGGCCGUACUCGGAGUUGAAAUGUAUGAGUCGAUUAAGGAAGAGUUAGACAUGAAAAUAGAGGAUGUAAAGUUUUUCACUGAUAGUCGCGUCGUGUUGGGAUACAUACACAACUCUUCCAAAAGAUUCCACAUGUACGUAGCCAAUCGUGUCGCACGCAUUAGACUAUCCACACGACCUGACCAGUGGCACUACAUAUCAACUGAGUUAAAUCCAGCUGAUCGUGCAACUAGAUCAGUCCCAGCAGGUGAGCUUAAAAACACUGACUGGUUCAAAGGCCCAAAUUUUCUGUAUUCAGACAGUAUCGAUAAAUUACACCAAGACAGUCAGUACCUACUGGUUGAACCUGAAAAUGACAAAGAGAUACGACCUGAAGUCAAAAUAUUGAUUACUGCAGCGACAGAGUCACAGUUGAGUUCAGAACGUUUCAAAAGAUUUUCAAGCUGGACAGUGUUAUGUAGAGCAGUAGCCAGACUCAUUCAUGUUGCUACGUCCUUCAAACAGAACUCAAAUGGACAAGGAGGAUGGAAAAGUCUCAAAGAACAUACAAACAGCAAAGAACUCACUCAAGCUGCAAAUAUUGUCAUUAACUCAGUCCAGCAGGAAGCAUACAAAGAGACAUUCAAAGGGAUGAAAGAAGGACAGAUGAACUACAAAAAUGACACACUCAAAAAACUCUGUCCAGUUGUUGACAAAGAAGGACUGUUACGAGUCGGUGGACGCCUUUCCUCUGCCGAUCUCACAGACAAUGAGAAGCACCCUUUGAUUAUACCUUCUGCCAGCCACAUUGCCACGCUUCUUGUGAGACACUUCCAUGAACGCUCAGCUCAUCAAGGCCGGCACAUUACAGAGGGAGCUGUCCGUGGUGCUGGUUUUUGGAUAGUUGGAGGAAAACGUCUUGUGUCUUCUGUCAUACACAACUGUGUCACAUGCCGCAAGCUGCGAGGUGAACUUCAGAAUCAAAAAAUGGCAGAUUUGCCCGCAGGCCGUGUGACUCCGGAGCCUCCAUUCACCACCGUAGGUGUGGAUGUGUUUGGCCCAUGGUCCAUUGUCACACGUCGCACAAGAGGUGGAAGUGCUCAGAACAAAAGGUGGGCUGUCCUCUUUACGUGUAUGUCAACCAGGGCUGUUCACAUUGAACUGAUUGAAACAAUGUCCACAGAUAGUUUUAUAAAUGCAUUGAGAAGGCUUUUUGCCAUUCGCGGCCCAGCAAAGCUCCUGUACUCAGACAGAGGGACUAAUUUUGUUGGAGCCUGUAAGGAAUUGGAUUUAGGCACAGAUGACAAAGCAGUAGGAAGAUACCUGCAAGACAGGGGAUGCUCAUGGACACUUAACCCUCCACACGCACCCCAUAUGGGAGGGUCGUGGGAACGGCUUAUAGGGGUGUCCAAGCGUAUCUUAGAUGCCAUGUUAUUAAAGAACACUCAGACACGUCUCACCCACGAGGUCUUGAGCACAUUCAUGGCAGAGGUAAUGGCUAUCCUAAAUGCGAGGCCUCUUGUCCCAAUAUCAACCGAUCCAGACUGUCCAACAAUACUCACUCCAGCGAUGUUACUCACACAAAAGUCAAGCACGGUUUCUGCUCCAUCUGGAAACUUCUCUUCAGGACAGUUGUUUGGGAAACAGUGGAAACGAGUUCAACAGUUAGCAGAGACAUUUUGGAAAAGGUGGAAGGGAGAAUAUUUGUCUACCUUACAGAAACGCAGAAAAUGGACUGACAGCAAGCGGAAUGUCAAAGAAGGAGAUGUAGUUCUGCUUAAGGACCUUCAAGUAAGCAGAAAUGAGUGGCCUAUGGGACUGGUGGUGAAAACUCUACCCAGCAGUGACAAGAAAGUUCGCAAAGUAGAAGUGCGAGUUGUAAAAGGAGGGACUGCGAAGGUAUUUCUAAGGCCUAUCUCAGAGAUUGUAAUUUUGCUGUCAGAGACUGAGUAAGGUGUUCAAUUUCAUGUGGGAUGAUAUUAAUGUUAUGCAAAUGUGGUUAUUUGGAUGUGUGUUAUUUGGAGAUUUAUAAUGAUAUAAUGUGAUUAUAUCAAGCGGGGAGUGUUAUGCCUUUUGCUUUAAGAUGUUAAGAGUUUGAUGACUGAUGAGUCGGAUGAGUUGUGUUUAGAUAUGUUGUUUGAAUUUGAUUUUCAGAAACUGUCAUCAGAGCCAGAGUGAAACGUCUCUUUAUUGAGGAUCUCUGUUACUUUCUUUUUUUACCACAGAGUGGGUGUUCAUUUCUGAUAGAGAUGAUCUUUGUUUUAUACAACGGGGAAGAAAAACUUUGUGGGAGAGUAGUUUGUUCUGUACUGUUGAACCUGGAGAAAACCAAAGUCUUUUUACCAUUUGCCGAUUACUGGCUUCAAGAAGACUCCAUAAAGCUGAGAAAAGGAAA